AUGGAGUUGGCUGCAGCCGUGGCCGGCAUUUUGAGUUGUUUAUGUCCCAAGAAUGUUAUACAAGAAACGACAGGGCAGCAGUGCAAGUAUCUUGAUUACAAUGCAAAAGCAAAGAUAGAAGAAUUGAGGUCGAAAGUGGAGGAAUUAAGAGCACUUGUGGCGGAUGUAAAUAAAAAGCUGGAGGAAACAUGUCUCCAAGAAGGAAAGGAGCCAACAGAACAGGUCAAGUUGUGGCUGAGAAAGGUUCAGAGCUUUGAUAAUGACAAGCUGAAUAAACUACUAUCUUGGGAAGAGAAGAGAUGUUUAUGUGGGUGUCUUCCAGAUUAUUACUCUCGAAUGAAGUUCGGGAAACUAAACGAAAGGAAGAAUCAGGAGGUGGAUGAGCUUCUGAGGAGAGGACAGUUUCAAGAUGAUGCAUUGGCUCACUUAUUGUUAGAGAAUAUAAAGAUGCUUCCUGUGACAGCAGCAGUGGUUAAUGAAACAACUAAAAGAAAGUUGGAAGAGAUAUGGGAGCAUUUAAUGGCAGAUUAUGAAGUGCAAAGAAUUGGUGUUUAUGGAAUGGGCGGGGUUGGAAAAACAACAAUUCUGAAAGAAAUAAAUAACAGACUCAAAAAAGUGAUGACAGAUGGGAUGAUCACUUGCUUUGACAAUGUUGUUUGGGUCACAAUACCAAAGGAGUCCAACCCCGAGAAAUUGCAAAUGGCGAUUGCCAAAGCCGUGAGGUUGAAUCUCCCGGAAGAUUGGAAUAUGAUGGACAAGGCAGCAGAGUUGCUGAAAGCAUUACAACGAAGGAAGAGGCUUUUGCUAAUUAUUGAUGAUGUAUGGACACCAUUUUCCUUGGAAGAUAUUGGAAUUCCAGCACCUACCAGAGCCAAUGGCUGCAAGCUAAUAAUAACUACUAGAUCAUUGAGGGUGUGUCGAGGCAUGGAGACAAACAAAGAAGUUGAGGUAAAAGUUCUUUCUGAGGAAGAAUCAUGGACCCUUUUCACUGAUAAAGUUGGUUCUGUUGCGUUACAAAAUCCAGUAAUUACAGUUUUAGCAAGGGAAAUAGCGAAAGAAUUUGGUGGUCUUCCACUAGCCAUUAUCACAGUUGGAAGAGCCUUGAGAAAAGUAAGUAAUGAACUGGAGUGGCGAAAUGCAUUGACAGCCUUAAGAGGUUCUGCAGCUAAUGUGGGAGGCAUGGAAGAGCUGGUUAUGAAAGAUUAA